CUUAAAGAAACUGGUUUUAUUGCAUCACACUGACUCAUGUAGAUCAAUCUGAAAAAGAUACAAAAAAUUCGUUUGUGCAUCGAUCUGCUAAAUCUGGAACUAAAUAAUUUCGGAUAAGCAUCGCCAGACAGGCUUGAGAUGCCUAAUCGACAGCUUUAAAAAAUAACAGAGGCAGAUAUGGCACCUAAGAAAAAGGAUGAUGCUGCAAAGGCACCUCAGCUUAUUGGACGAAUGGGAACCAACCUCAAAAUUGGCAUUGUUGGUCUGCCAAAUGUGGGGAAGUCAACAUUUUUCAAUGUUUUGACAAAAAGUGCAGCUUCAGCAGAAAAUUUUCCAUUUUGCACUAUAGAUCCCAAUGAAAGUAGAGUGCCAGUUCCAGACAAGCGAUGGGAGUAUCUAGUUGAGCACUACCAGCCUGACAGCAAGGUGCCAGCUUAUCUCAGUGUGGUAGAUAUUGCUGGACUGGUUAAAGGAGCACAUGAAGGGAAAGGAUUGGGUAACGCCUUUCUCUCCAACAUUAGCGCUUGUGAUGCAAUGUUUCAUGUUGUUCGUGCCUUUUCUGAAGAGGAUAUUGUACAUGUAGAAGGGGAAGUUGAUCCACCUCGUGACCUUGAGAUCAUUCAUGAUGAACUUCGUCUCAAGGACAUUGAGUAUUUAAAAAAACAUCUUGAACCACUUGAACGAUCCGUCGUAAGAGGUGGGGGAGACAAGAAAAAAAAAGAAGAAUAUGAUGUGCUGAAAAAAGUGGAAGCAUUGCUAGACGAAAAGAAAUGGGUACGGAUGGGCACAUGGGAUGCAAAAGAGAUUGAAGUGUUGAAUCAACACUUGUUUUUAACAUCCAAACCUGUCAUUUACCUUGUAAACCUGUCAGAAAAAGACUACAUCCGGAAGAAGAACAAAUGGUUGGCAAAAAUCAAGGAGUGGGUAGAUGCCAAUGAUCCAGGUGCAUUACUUAUUCCUCUCAGCUGUGCUUUAGAGUUGAAACUAUCUGAGAUGCAAUCUGAUGAGGAAAGAGAGGCCUACUUAAAGGAAGUUGGCACUACUAGUGCCCUGGAAAAGAUUAUUGUGAAUGGGUACAAAUCACUGAAUCUUAUUUACUUCUUCACAUCUGGCAAAGAUGAAGUUAAAGCCUGGACGGUACAGGUUGGCGCUAAGGCCCCUCAGGCUGCUGGCAGAAUCCAUACUGACUUUGAACGUGGUUUUAUAAUGGCAGAGGUCAUGGCAUUUCAAGACUUCAAAGAGGCAGGGUCUGAAGCAGGCUGCAAGGCUUCUGGCAAGUAUAAGCAAAAAGGCAGAGACUAUGUUGUCGAAGAUGGUGACAUCAUUUUUUUCAAGUUCAAUGCCGGGGCCGGAUUAACUGGCAAAAAGAAGUAAUUGUCAUGGGUGUGGUACCUUGUGUUUAAAGUCUGCAGAAAAACUCACAAAAAGCAAUACUAUGUGCUUUGAAAAGGAAACACUAGCUGACAUACAAGGAGAAUCAUCGAGUUCCAUCCUAAAGAUCUUCAAGUUGAAUUACCACCGAACGAUAGAAAUCAUGGCAUGCACAGUGCUGCCAUCAGUAACUUUUCGAAAGCUUUGGAAAUGUUUUAAAAAGCACUUGUAGAUUUGUGUAGACGAAAAUCUGUAAAGAACAUUUUAAAUAAAUUAAGAAAGGUAAAAGAGUGGUUAUAGAAAGACUUCAUUUUCUUCUUUUUUUUUUUUUUUUUUUUUAAUUUCCCACACAUUUUUUUGACAUCAAAAGAAAUUCCUGUGGUUAUGCAUGGACAGAAAAUGUUGAAAUUUAAUUAUCCUGAUGACAACAAAAACUGGUUGUUUAAUGCAUUUUCAGCAUGAAAGACAAAGUGUUGUGGCACCUGUGAAAUUUCAUAUGCAGUACUCAGACAAGAUAGCUCUUAAGAUCAUGGCUACUUAUACUGCAUUUUUUUAAUUUAACAGCUAUGGCACUUUGAUCCUCACCUUAAUACAUACACAUAUUUAAAUUUCGAGCAUUUUCAAAGUGAAUGUGAACCCCCCAAAAAAACAAUUAUUAUAAAAAUGCAUUUUGAUUCAAUUGCAAAACUAAUUGAAGUUCAAAGUAAGUAGAAAUCAACUCCCUAUCUUAAUCCAUUUUGAAACAGGAUGUUGCUUUAAAUCCAAAAGUGGAUUAGUAUAUCAAAUGGCUCUUUAAAAAAAUUAUUUUGGUUGCCAGGGUUACAGAAAAAUUAGUGAUCAUUGGACUGUCUCAUCUGAAUGUUCACUCACCAUAUAGAAUGAAUAAUCAUAAUUUAUGAUGGUGUAAACAACUUCAACAUAUUAAAUAGGCUCCAAAAUGAUCACAAGCUAUACUGAGGUGUGCCGGCAUAAUUUUAAAAGAUAGGUAUCCUUAGAAAAUUUCAAAUCUUCAGAUCAAUGUCUCCCUUUUAUGCAAUUCUUUAUUUUUUUGUUGUUGUUUUUCGCUAACAUAUUUGAAUAAAAAUUAUUGAAUUUUUGUUACACACAUGCUUCCCACAGUACAUCAUCAUUGAAGAUGUAGAUAUGUGCUAAGCACAGCGAAUGAGUUAAAUUAAUAAGGCAAGAGUUUAGUGCUUGUUUUGCAUCUUAAAAUGCUUCAGGAACCUUGUGUUUAACUUCCUAACCUUUAUUAUUGACAUUGAAAUAUUGCCUCAUU